AUGAACGAAGACGAUGAUUUGGCUUUUCCAGAGUUUGAUCACUACGAGGAUGAUGAUGAUAUUCCCCCACUUCCAUCUCCUGUGAAUUUUGACUUUGAAGCAGAAGAUUGGGACGCGCCCGUAGAAUCAAGGGGAGAAAAUAGAGGUCCCGUUAAUGUUGAGCAAGAAAAACCACAUCAGACAACAGGAAGUGCAGCCAAGCCAACCAGAAAGAGGAAAAAUUCGCCCGUGCUAUUUGGACGAUAUCUCGUGCUUGUUGUAUCUAUUUCUGCCGCUACAAGACUUUUAUCCGAGAAAGGCCUGUCCAAACUGCGCGAAGAUGCCAAGAGAUUGAAGUUUCAAGGAGUUGAACACGAACAAGCGGAUUUGAAGACUGUGAUGAACUUUUAUCGCGCCUGGAUACAUGAUCUGUUUCCAAAAAUGCAAUUCAGAGAUGCUAUCCUGAGAGUGGAGAAAAUUUGCCGCGAGAGGCGAUGUGGGGUCACUCUCAGCGCUUGGAGAGAAGGGGAUGAUGUAAUAGAGUAA